AAACAAAUAAUAAAGUUACAUUAUCAUGAUCGUUGCAGGCAGUCCUCAUCAACAGAAAAAAUCGCCUUUAUUCGGGUCUCGACAAUCGCCGGUGUUGAGCUCUCCGGCAAAGCAAGGAAAGGGCAACAGCAAAGCAAGGAAGUCUGGUGGAUGUUGCCGUGGAAUGAAUGAUUGCAUAAACAUGGGGUCAGUUGUUUCCACAAACCAAAACCAGCAGCACAAACACCAACACCAACACAAGCAGCAUCAUCAGUCCACAUCCAAAUUGGAGGAGCAGGUGGAAGAACUUAAAAGAGAAGUCCAAAAGCAGAAAGAACUUCGGAUCAUUUACAGGAAGAGAAUGGAAAGAACGCAAGACUAUCUAAGAUACUGUCUUCAAAUUGCACAGGACAAUGGUCUCUUGGAGCUCAUGACCCACAAUAAACAAGAACAACACGAUCAAUGUCUUCUUGACUACAAUACUCCUGAAGUCAAUGCUACCCCUCAAAUGCCAACUCCUUUGCAUCCACAUUCAGAUUUAGCCGCUUUAGUCAAUCAAGCCAAGAUAAAUGGAUGGUACAUUAACCCAAAUGAGAUAGAAUUGCAAGAAAAAAUAGGUCAAGGAAGUACGGCAAACAUUCAUAAAGGGGUUUGGCGAGGACUUGACGUUGCAGUGAAAUGCAUAUUCCCUGAUUUUUUCCGACAAAAUGAGAACGGUGUAACAUUUUUUGCUCAAGAAGUAGAUACGUUGUCGAGACAACGGCAUCGUUUUGUUCUGCAGCUAAUGGGUGCGUGCCUUGAUCCUCCGAAUCAUGGGUGGGUGGUGACAGAGUUCUUGAGUAUGACACUGAAGCAGUGGCUACAUGGACCAGAUAAAAGACGAAAAGAGAGGAGUGUUCCAAUUCCUCCGUUUAAAGAGAGGCUGGAUACGGCAUUGGAGAUUGCUCAGGCAAUGCAAUAUCUUCAUGAACAAAAACCAAAGGUCAUUCAUCGUGACUUGAAGCCAAGCAACAUCUUUUUGGAUGAUUCUAAGCACGUAAAAGUGGCCGACUUUGGCCAUGCUCGAUACUUGUGUGAUGAAGAGAUGGCACUCACUGGCGAAACAGGAACUUAUGUUUACAUGGCGCCCGAGGUGAUUCGAUGUGAGCCUUAUAAUGAAAAAAGCGACGUUUAUAGUUUUGGUAUCAUAUUGAAUGAGCUCUUAACAGGAAAUCAUCCAUAUAUUGAGACAGACUAUGGUCCGACCAGGAUUGCAAUGGAAGUUGGAGGAGGAACGCUAAGGCCUGCGCUUCCAGAGAAUAGUGAUGGACGAUUGGAAGAGCUUAUAGACCUCAUUUGCAUUUUAUGGGAUGGAGAUGCCUCUGCUAGACCCUCAUUUUCAUCUAUAACCACUGCUUUAACAAAGAUUCAAAACAAAUUUAUAAACAAUACAUGUCAACAUUCAAUUGCAUGUUAA